AUGUUUUUAAUACGAAAACUGAUUGGUAAGAUGUUACAUAUGUGGGGUUUGUUGAGCCACAGCGUGAUUCCGUUGGUGUUGUUUUGUUAUAUUAUAAAGCCAGACUAUUCGAUAUGGAAGGAAAACAUCGACGCGUGUACUUCCUUAAGUGUCCCACUGCAGUACUAUGGAUUCACACAAAUUCAAGGCCACCACAGAUUGUUGGCGGCUGCUAUGGAAGAGAAAUAUUACAAAGAUACUAAAAGGGCUGAAUUACAGAGAAAGAGACACAGGACCUAUCAACUUCAUUUGAGAAAUUGUUCUAGAAUGAAGAGAAAGGAUACUUCGUCCAAGCCAUUUGACAGGACAACAAAAAGUGAUCGUCGACACGUUGAUUGCAACUGUGGCGUUCAGUGA